GGAUCCACUCCAAACAUAUUCUUUCCCAACGUCUAUUCGUUUUUCCAGGCUGUGCCUGUCUUCAACUUACCGGUGCUGUGCAUCUUUACAACGACUAAUAAGACAAACAACUAAAUCCAUCUUACGAUCUUAUCUAUCGCCACCCAUCGACAAUAUGCAUGCCAGUCUCAUCCUCCUCGUUGCGUCCCUUGCGACCUCCGCGGUUGCCGCGCCCGUCCCAGUUGUGGCCCCAUUCGAAAGCCGGGAGUUGUUGAUGGUUGGAGAAGUAGACGUCUUGAAGCGCGAGAUUCUCGAGCGACUAGAGGCCAUUGCUAAACGGGGCGCUCCUCAGGGCUACGAAGGAAAUGUAGAGGUCUACGACGAGCGCGAUGGUGGACGUCCUCCAUUCGCUUCUUCAGGCAACGACAAGCUUGCAGGGGACCAGAACUAUGAGCUAUCGAACGACAACCGUAGCGACUAUUCGCUUGAAGUCGGACCAUCGCAUAACAAGCGGGAUGACGGACGUCCUGUGUUCGCACCGAAAGGAAACGACAAGCGUGAUGGCGUACGCCCUGUAUUUGCUCCCAAGCGCAACGAUAAGCGGGACGGAGGGCGUCCUGUAUUCGCACCUUCAGGCAACGAUAAACGCGAUGGUGGGCAUCCUGUAUUCGCUCCCAAAGGCAACGACAAGCGCGACUCUGGAGAGGACUUCGUCAGUUCCGAUGCGUCUGACGAGUGAAAAAGCAAAGCGCAAAGCGGAUUUGUUCGAAGAGCUGUGAUUGUUUGUCUCCUUUACCGACCUUCUUGGUCCUUGAUAGUGGAAUGUGGAACGGAGCUAGGUCCGAUACCUUGUGAAGUGCAAUAAAGCUCGCUCGGC